UGUUGAUAACCUUCCAACCAUCUUCAACACCUUUUACUUGAAUAUAUUUGGAUUGAGCAGGCAAAAGAAGCUGAUCCAAUAUCUCUAAACUGUUGUUUUCGUAUUUGAUUGCUCUCAGAGUCAUUUUGUAAGCUUUUCUUCGUACUUGGUCCUCUUGAUCGUUGUUCUAACCUCACUUUCGGCUACAAUUUCUUUCUUCUCAAUUUUACUUUUCUAGAGUAAGGUUAUGUUAUCUAAACUGAUCUAAACUGGGAACAAAUCUCUGUUAAAUUUAGCUCGAAAGCAUGAGUGUUCAAAAAUCGUAGUUAGGAAUCGUCGACGGAAUGGCCCUGCUAGGGGUACAGUUGGUGGUCACCCUGGUUAUGGUCAGUGUUAUCCAAAAACUGGGGCCACAUUUUUCGCUGGCCAGAUUCAUACUCUGCUCCACUGGCUUGGUGCGCUACUUGUACCCUACAGACAGUGAAUUAAGGCAGCUUGCAAACAUCCCGAAAGAUAAGUUGAAAAAGAAAAACAACAAGAUUCUACAGAAUAAUGGUCGCAGUAUUGCAGGGGAUGUUUUUAAAGUUCCUAGGUCAUUGGAUAUCAAACUGGAGACAGCCAAAGUAUCACACUUGGAUGUAGUACAUCUCAGAUAUUAUACAGAGUACUUGUGGCUUGUUGAUUUCUCAGUUUAUGCUGCACUAGUUUAUGUCAUUACUGAAAUAUAUCAUACAUGGUUCACUCCGAAGGAGGAGGUGAAUCUUAGCAUGAUAUGGUGCUCUCUAGUUAUCAUAUUUGCAUUCAAGGUUCUGUGUCAAUUAACAAUCCAGUACUUCAAAGGAGAAGAGUCCAUUGGAGAAAGAUCAACAUGUAUUGUGAUGGGUUUCAUGUAUCUGUUAGUCUCAAUGAUGGUACUCAUCAUUGAUGAAAACACCCUUGAGCUGGGUCUUGAGUCAGCAUAUGUCAGCUUCAACCAUACUGCUUCAGAAUUCUUAGCUCAACAGGGUUUAUCCUCCACUGGACCAGCUUCAAAGAUAGUGCUGAAAUUUUUCAUAGCAGUUUGGUGUGGAAUACUGGGAGCACUUUUCACUUUCCCUGGGCUAAGAAUUGCUAGGAUGCAUUGGGACUUGCUGCAGAGUUGGCGAGAAAAUAAAUUCAAACAGUUGCUGUUAAAUAUGUCUUUCGCGAUGCCGUUCUUGUUGGUCAUACUGUGGAUCAAACCUAUUUCCAGGGAUUAUCUGACAGUGAGGAUAUUUUCAGGGAGGACAGAACCACUUAUGAGUACGGAAGCGUUCGAAUCCAUGCGACUGAUAGCUGUUGUGGUGACGAUGCUACUAAAAGCUUUAUUGAUGCCCUGGUAUCUACAGGCCUACCUGGACAUGGCUUAUCAUAGAAUAGAACAGCAGAAGAAGGAAGCUGGUAAGAUCACCAACAACGAGUUGCAGAAAAAGAUAGCUGCAGUAUUCUACUACCUAUGCGUAGUGACCUUGCAGUACCUGGCGCCAGUCUUAGUCUGUCUGUUUUUAAACUUCAUGUACAAAACCCUAGGCGAGUACAACUGGACUUGGUGGAAUCCUGAAGACAGUCUUCAACAGGAUGCUGUAGGAGGAGAGUGUCCAGUCCCCAAACCAGAGGAGACCCAGUCUGCUCCUGAUGAUCCUUUCUUCAUGGAUCAACAACAGGCUUCUGACUUUCAUCUUACUUUGGAUUCAUUAAAAAAGGUGUUGACGAGCAACGUUUACCGAGGAUUAUUUGGUUUCUCGACUUGGUGGUGUUGCUUUCUGUAUUUCGCAACAACUUCCAUUGGUUUGGUCUACCAGAGCUACUUUUCUGCAACUUGAAGAGGAUCUACCAGUGAACACAAUCUUUUUUAUGUCGAGACUGCCAGUUGGACAGCUAACAAGAGCACGUACAGUUUCGUUGGAGGCGUCAUGAAAUUCUGGUUUCAGUUAUACUUAUUGCUUAGACAAAACUUUAUUUAAAUCGCGAUCAAGCUUUUGCAACAGUUGUUGCGAUGUUUUUUUUAAGGGAUUUUUUUGUGGUCGAUCUGAAAUGGAGCGCUUGUUUUGUUUAGUGUUUCAUUGUCUAGUGUUUCGCAAGAAACAAAAUAAACGGAACUACUGAUCGAAAUUCAAGAAAGCUUUUGAGGCGAAUUUAUAAAUUAGCAACAAUUGUAAAACUUUAAUAGUACAUUUAGUGAAAAUGGAUUUGCAUUUAUAUGUUAUAAAUUUUAUUGAAAAUGUAAAGAAUAUAACAUGAGAAUCAUUAUGUGCGUCUUAAUUCAACACUACAAUACAUAAAAAUAGAAUAAAAAAUUAUAAGCUGUAUGUACACGCCUGACUUUCUCUACCACGUUUUAUAUUAUUAGAAACUGGGUAUGUUUUGAUAUUGUGUAUGUAUUUUUUGUUUCAAUAAAGUUUGUUGAUUGAAAA